AUGGCCGCUCCAGAGAAUUACGGAGGACGCGCCGAGCUGGUACUGCUGUGCGCGCUGCUGGGUGCGCUGGCAAAGGCCGGGAGAGGACAGAUCCACUACUCUGUGCCUGAAGAAACCGACAAAGGCUCCUUCGUGGGUAACAUCUCCAAGGACCUGGGGCUGGAGUCACAAGAGCUUUCGAAGCACGGAGUCCGCAUCGUCUCCAGAGGUAGGACGCAGCUGUUCGCUCUAAAUCCGCGAAGCGGCAGCUUGGUCACCGCGGGCAGGAUAGACCGGGAGCAGCUCUGCGCCCAGAGCGCGCGAUGUUUUGUAAAUAUUAACAUCCUAGUUGAGGAUGAAGGGAAACUUUGGGGAAUAGAAAUAGAAAUCACUGACAUCAACGAUAAUAACCCGAAAUUCCAGGUCGAAAAUCUGGAAGUAAAAAUUAACGAAAUCGCUCUGCCCGGAACACGUUAUCCACUGCCAGAGGCUGUGGACCCGGAUGUGGGCUUGAAUUCCCUGCAGAGCUACCAGCUCAGCCCCAAUAACCACUUCUCCCUGGACGUGCAAACUGGAGACGACGGAACUGUAAGCCCAGAGCUGGUGCUGGAGCGCGCCCUGGACCGCGAGGAGGAGGCUGCUCACUACCUGGUCCUCAUCGCCACGGACGGAGGCGAACCGCGUCGCUCCAGCACAGUGCACAUCCGAGUGACAGUGUUGGAUACAAACGACAAUGCCCCGGUUUUUGCUCAACCGAUUUACCGAGUGAAAGUCCCAGAGAACGUGCCCCCGGGGACCCGGCUGCUUACUGUAAGCGCUAGCGACCCGGAUGAAGGAACCAACGGGGAAGUGGCUUAUAAAUUCUGGAAAAUUAGUGAAAAACAAUCUCCGUUAUUCCAGCUGAAUGAAAAUACUGGCGAAAUAUCAACAGCGAAGAGUUUAGAUUAUGAAGAAUGUGCGUUUUAUGACAUGGAAAUACAAGCUGAAGAUGUGGGGGCACUUCUGGGGCGGACCAAAGUACUCAUUUCAGUGGAAGAUGUCAAUGACAACACACCUGAAGUGACCAUUACAUCUUUGUUUAGCCCAGUCCUGGAAAAUGCUCUUCCUGGGACAGUAAUUGCCUUCUUGAAUGUGCAUGACCGAGACUCUGGGAAGAAUGGUCAAGUUGUCUGUUAUACACGUGAUAAUUUACCUUUUCAAUUAGAAAAAUCAAUUGAUAAUUAUUAUAGAUUGGUGACUUGGAAAUAUUUGGACCGAGAAAAGAUCUCUAUGUAUAAUAUCACAGUGGCAGCCUCAGAUCUAGGAACCCCACCUCUAUCUACUGAAAUUCAUAUUGCCCUGCAAGUGGCAGACAUCAAUGACAAUCCACCCAUUUUCCCUCAUGCCUCCUACUCAGCCUAUAUCCCGGAGAACAACCCCAGAGGUGCCUCCAUCUUCUCUGUGACUGCUCAUGACCCUGACAGUGGCAGCAAUGCCCAGGUCACUUACUCUCUGACCAAAGGCGGCAGCAUGGUGGCGCCUCUCUCCUCUUACGUCUCCAUCAACUCUGACACUGGUGUCCUAUAUGCUGUGCACUCCUUUGACUAUGAGCAGAUCCAAGACUUGCAGCUACUGGUGACAGCCAGUGACAAUGGGGACCCUCAACUCAGCAGCAAUGUGUCCCUGAGCCUGUUCAUACUGGACCAGAAUGACAAUGUACCAGAGAUUCUGUACCCCAUGCUACCCACUGAUGGCUCCACGGGUGUGGAGCUGGCACCUAGCUCUGCAGAGCCAGGCUACCUUGUUACCAAGGUAGUGGCAGUUGACAGAGACUCAGGCCAGAACGCCUGGCUGUCCUACCGCCUGCUCAAGGCCAGUGAGCCAGGGCUCUUCACAGUGGGGCUGCACACAGGCGAGGUGCGCACGGCGCGGGCCCUGCUGGACAGAGACGCGAUCAAGCAGAGCCUGGUGGUGACGGUCCAGGACCAUGGGCAGCCCCCUCUCUCAGCCACCGUCACACUCACCGUGGCCAUGGCAGAUAGCAUCCCAGAUGUCCUUGCCGACCUGGGUAGCAUCAGGACCCUAACCAACUCUGAGGAUUCAGACCUCACACUGUACCUGGUGGUGGCAGUGGCUGUCGUUUCCUGCAUCUUCCUUGCCUUUGUCAUCGUGCUGCUGGUGCUCAGACUAUGGCGGUGGCACAAAUCAAGACUUCUCCAGGCUUCCAGUGGUAGGUUAGCAGGCCUGCCAGCCUCAGGAUUUGUGGGCAUGGAAGGAGUACAGGCUUUCCUGCAGACCUAUUCCCAUGAAGUCUCCCUUACCUCUGACUCUCAGAGGAGUCACAUGAUCUUCCCCCAGCCCAACUAUGCUGACAUGCUCAUUAGCCAAGACAGCUGUGAGAAAAAUGAUUCCUUGUUAACAUCCAUAGAUUUUCAUGAAUGUAAGGAUGAAGCUGCUUCUGUUCAGGGUGGUGCUAGCUGCAGGGGCUGCAGUUUCCCAGUGCGGACUCUGGGCGCCGCUGUUGGCCAAAGUGGAGAACUUGGUACAGGGGACUUCCUCGCGCAGCCGCAGCUCAAGUUCUCUGGCUCAGACUCGCUAGUGUAA